AUGUUCAACUGUGUUCAACAAGGAAAAGAUAGAAUCACUGUAGCUAACUUUGCACAAUCCCAACCAGAAAACUCCAUCAUGAAAUUCCAAACAAUCAUCAUUGCAGUUGUGCUUUUGGGUUACUAUGAGGCUUCAGGUGCCCCGAUGCUCUCUCAAGUUACUCAUCCAAUGAUGACAGAUGUACCAUCUAGUCACAUAGCAAACCAAUCAAGUGGUCUGAAGAUCCCAUUCAUCCAACAGAAUAUGGAAGAAAGAGUGAACCAUGCACAACAACUUUCCAAACAGGCAGAGAAAGAGUUUGGAAACACUCCUAAAAAUACUAUCACAGAUGUAGCUCAAACUAAUGACAUCAACCUGGCCAAAGAGAUCAAGGUGACAUUCCAUCCUCUUGAUGAAGGUGAUCAAAGUGCUGAAGAAAUAAAGCAUGGUAAAAGUGAUUUUCAUUGCUUUGUUGACUUCCUGAUCCGUAUGGGCACUCUGUGGAAGAUAGCUGUUGCCGGAGGGUUCAAAAGAUGA